CCCUGCACCUCAUUGGAUCGGAGGCGCACGGUGCGCGCCGCUGAUUCGUCCACUCACCUGCCAGUCCUGAGGAUUCCCCACUUCUCUACAGACUAAACAGGGGAAGCAGCAGCAGGAGCGACAGCGGCAGCAGUGCAAUGACACCGGCCACGGGAGGAAGAAGAUGGUUUUCCCAGCGAGGAGAUGGAUAAAACAUGUCCCUUACAGCCGGUGAAGUCUGUCAUCCAAGAUACAUCUGCCAGUGAUGAUCGUUCAUGAAGGUUUUGUACAUUGAUACAGAAAGUAAUGCACCACUCCCAGCCAUGAGCUAAGUCCUCUCCACCCUUGGUGACCCGUGCAGGAUGACUGCAGUUUGCCCCACUGAGAGCAGCCCAGAGGGGACAGAGGCUGGGGCAGGGACAGCAGGAUCUAGGGGGUCGGGCACAGCCGCCACAGCUGGGGACGGCUCAAUUUCUGGGGCUGAGACGGGGGAGUCAAAUGUAGAGUCUGUCGGAGGUUCCCUUGGGGGCACAGCUGCGGUCACAGGUGGCCAAAGGUACACCCGCUGGAGCCGCCAGGACAGUUCAGACAUCAACACAGACGACGAGGGAGCCACUGUCCGCCGCCUCACUCCGCUGGAGAGGUUGAACCUCGACAUGUGCCAGGAUGACAGGGUUGUGCGUGAGCUAACAGUGGGGAGAAGAAUCGGUUUCUACAAAAUUCGUGGCGAGAUCGGCUGUGGAAAUUUCUCCCAUGUAAAGCUGGGAAUUCAUGCCCUCACCAAAGACAAGGUGGCCAUAAAGAUCCUGGACAAAACCAAGCUGGAUCAAAAGACCCAGAAGCUGCUGUCCAGAGAGAUUUCUAGCAUGGAAAAACUGCACCAUCCCAACAUCAUACGCCUCUAUGAGGUGGUGGAGACAUUAACGCGGUUACACUUGGUGAUGGAGUAUGCCGGGGGAGGGGAGCUUUACACCAAAAUCACAACUGAAGGGAAACUUCCUGAUGCCGAUGGCAAGAUUGUCUUUGCUCAGAUCCUCUCUGCUGUCCAACACAUGCACGAGAGUAACAUCAUCCACCGUGACCUGAAGGCAGAGAAUGUCUUCUACACCAGCAGCGCUUGUGUCAAAGUGGGAGACUUUGGGUUUAGCACGUUGAGCCGCCGCGACGAGACGCUCAACACGUUCUGCGGCUCUCCGCCGUACGCUGCGCCUGAGCUCUUCCGGGAUGAGCAUUACGUCGGCAUCUUUGUCGACAUCUGGGCGUUGGGCGUGAUGCUGUUCUUUAUGGUGACGGGCACCAUGCCGUUCAGGGCAGACACAGUGGCCAAACUGAAGCGAUGCAUCCUGGAGGGGGCCUACAUUCUGCCUACCUGGGUGCCAGACACAUGCCAGAGGCUGAUCAGGGGAAUCCUUCAACCUAUACCCACCGACCGCUGCACAGUGGAGCAGAUGAUGGGCUGCGAAUGGCUGCUCACUGUGGACUUCCCACGGGCGAUGGAACCUUUUAAACUUGACCCGUCCUACCUUGCAGAGGGCGACUCUCCCGAACUCGACGAGGAAGAGAAGGAGGUGAAGGCAGCACUGGAGACACUAGGAAUCACCUCAGAACACAUCCUCAACAACCAGGGGAAAGACUGCAGGAGCUCCAUCACUGGGGUCUUUAGGAUCCUGCUCCACCGUGUCCACAAGAGACGGGCCGUUGAGACUAUGUCUGUAGUCACCAAGGUGGUCGCAGCAACUACAUCGAGUAAAAAGGAACGGCUAAAAGUGUACCGCAGUUUGCGGCACACAUCGAAACUCUGUCUGAUUCUAUGAUCGGCUUCACUCUGGAAAUUAACCCACGCUUUGAUGAGUCUGCAUGGAUCGCAUUAGAAAUAACAAGUGCUUUACAGUGCAGCAUUGAACAGGAAAUCGUAAUGACCGUAUACAAUGCUAUCCUGCUCCUGAAAUCUGGGAUUUCUUACUUAAGUGUCUCAUUUAGUAAGUAAAAUUAGUCUCUGUGAGAAUAUUGCUACCAGUAAAUCAUGAUUGUUUUUGACAGGGACAGGGAGGUAUCCAUCUUGAGAUUUGUAAAUGUUAUGAAAUGUAAUAUUUAGUAUUUGAAAGCAUAUAUAUUUUUAUUUGAGUCAUGCAGGCCAGGUAGUCUUCAUCCACUUAUAUUCUGUGCUUCGUGUCGCGACACCAAUAAUCCCAAUGUAGCCUUAAUCUUAAAGGGAGAUUUAUAGAUCCACAUAAUGCUAAGGUGAUGAAGAGGUGAAGCAUGCAGAGAGAGCACAUGAGAUCUGCUUUUUUAAAUGCACUUUUCUGCGAGGCCUUAAUUUUCUAUAAUGGUAUCAGACGGACUUGUUUCAUUGUACUCUUGAUUUUAUUCUUUUCAAUUUCUUUCCCCUGUGGCCUGAAAAAGCCACGACAUGACACAAAACUACAAAUACCAACGUGUACCAACCACCAAACGUGUAAGUCAGUCAUGUGGCAGAUUCAUCUUUAAUAUUGACUCACUAUUUUUAAAUUAUUUUAAUAAUCUGAUGCCAUGUCCUAUGUGUUGAGUAAAAUAAAUUGAAAUGAAAAUGAAUGCU